GGUCUGCCCGUGGCCCUGGUGACAGCCAUGGAGCCCUCGAAUCUGUCCGGAGCCCGGGAGGCCCUGAGGAGGGUCCAAGAGGGGCCCCGAGUCAGAGCGGUGAUCAUGGUGAUGCACUCGGUGCUGCUGGGGGGCGAGGAGCAACGCUGCCUCCUGGAGGCUGCAGAGGAGCUGGGCCUGGCCGACGGCGCCCUGGUCUUCCUGCCCUUCGACACGCUCCACUACGCCUUGUCCCCGGGCCCGGAGGCCUUGUCCGUGCUGGCCAACAGCUCACAGCUCCGCCGGGCCCACGAUGCGGUGCUCACCCUCACGCGCCGCUGUCCCCCUGGAGGCAGCGUGCUGGACGCCCUGCGCAGGGCCCAGGAGCAGCGGGAGCUGCCCCCUGACCUUAAUCUGCAGCAGGUAUCCCCACUCUUCGGCACCAUCUAUGAUGCGGUCUUCUUGUUGGCGGGGGGCGUGGCGCGAGCUCGGGCGGCGGUAGGUGGCAGCUGGGUGUCCGGAGCAGCUGUGGCCCACCACGUCCAGGAUGCCCAGGUCCCGGGUUUCUGCGGGGCCCUGGGAGGAGCCGAGGAGCCCCCGCUUGUGCUGCUGGACACAGAUGAGGCGGGGGACCAGCUGUUCGCCACAUACAUGCUGGACCCCACCCGGGGCUCCUUCCGCUCUGCUGGGACCCCAGUGCAUUUCCCUGGAGGGGGCCAGGGGCCUGGGCCCGAUCCCUCUUGCUGGUUCGACCCAGACAUCAUCUGCAACGGAGGAGUGGAUCCGGGCCUCGUCUUUAUCGGCUUCCUCCUGGUGGUUGGGAUGGGGCUGACAGGGGCCUUCCUGGCCCAUUAUGUGAGGCACCGGCUACUUCACAUCCAAAUGAUCUCAGGCCCCAACAAGAUCAUCUUGACUCUGGACGACAUCACCUUCCUCCACCCACAAGGGGGCAGCUCUCAAAAGGUGGCCCAGGGUAGCAGUCGGUCGAGUCUGGUCGCCCGCAGUGUGUCAGACAUUCGCAGCGUCCCCAGCCAGCCUGCGGAUAGCUCCAACAUCGGCCUCUAUGAGGGAGACUGGGUUUGGCUGAAGAAAUUCCCCGGGGAUCAGCACAUAGUUAUCCGCCCAGCAACCAAGACAGCCUUCUCCAAGCUCCGGGAGCUGCGGCACGAGAACGUGGCCCUCUACCUGGGGCUCUUCCUGGCGGGUGGAGUGGACAGCGCCGCGGCCCCCGGGGAGGGCGUGCUGGCCGUGGUCUCGGAGCACUGCGCCCGGGGCUCCCUGCACGACCUCCUCGCCCAGAGAGACAUCAAGCUGGACUGGAUGUUCAAGUCCUCCUUGCUACUGGACCUCAUCAAGGGAAUGAGGUACCUGCACCACCGAGGCGUGGCCCAUGGGCGACUUAAGUCCCGGAACUGCGUGGUGGACGGGAGGUUUGUGCUUAAAGUCACCGACCACGGCCACGGGCGACUCCUGGAAGCGCAGAGGGUGUUAGCAGAGCCUCCCAGCGCGGAGGGUAGGACGCCCUGGCUGCCCCUGGCGCGGACGAGCAGCCCCGGGCGCAGGGGGACGCUGGCCGGCGACGUCUUCGGCGUGGGCAUCAUCAUGCAGGAGGUGGUGUGCCGCAGCGCCCCCUACGCCAUGCUGGCGCUGACACCCGCGGAGGUGGUGCAGAGGGUGCGGAACCCCCCUCCGCUGUGUCGGCCCUUGGUUUCCGUGGACCAGGCACCCAUGGAGUGCAUCCAGCUGAUGACACAGUGCUGGGCAGAGCAACCGGACCAUCGGCCCUCCAUGGACCGCACCUUCAGCCUGUUCAAGAGCAUCAACAAGGGCCGAAAGACCAACAUUAUCGACUCCAUGCUGCGGAUGCUGGAGCAGUACUCCAGCAACCUGGAGGACCUGAUCCGGGAGCGCACGGAGGAGCUGGAGCUGGAAAAGCAGAAGACAGACCGACUCCUCACGCAGAUGCUGCCUCCGUCUGUGGCUGAAGCUCUGAAGAUGGGGACCCCUGUGGAACCCGAGUAUUUCGAGGAGGUGACACUGUACUUCAGCGACAUCGUGGGCUUCACCACCAUCUCCGCCAUGAGUGAGCCCAUCGAAGUAGUGGACCUGCUCAACGACCUCUACACGCUCUUUGAUGCCAUCAUCGGCUCCCACGAUGUCUACAAGGUGGAGACAAUCGGGGACGCCUACAUGGUGGCCUCCGGGCUGCCCCAGCGGAACGGGCAGCGGCACGCGGCAGAGAUCGCCAACAUGGCCCUGGACAUCCUCAGCGCCGUGGGCUCCUUCCACAUACCUCGGGAUCCACCCGCCCUCGCCCCAGCCCGCCUGAGUCCCCCCCUCCCCGUGUCUUCCCAGGGCAAGGGCGCGGAGGAAACGUACUGGCUGGUGGGCAGACGCGGCUUCAACAAGCCUAUCCCCAAACCGCCAGACCUGCAUCCGGGGGCCAGCAACCACGGCAUCAACCUGCAUGAGAUACCUCCCGAGCGGCGCCAGAAGCUGGAGAGGGCGAGGCCGGGCCUGUUCCCGGGAAAGUGACGCCCGGCUGGGACAGGUUACCCCCAGGAGGUCCUCGUCCUGACAGUUGCUGCUAUAGGUGACCAAAUCUGCCUACUACCCACCGGUGGCUUCUGUGCAGCUUUUCGUCAAAGGAUUCUGGGCCUUUGAAGAUCUGGUUGCCAACCAGCUGUGUGACCUUGGGAAGGUCUCGUCCCUCUCCGGGCUUGGGUUCCCCUCAUUGGUGAAGUGCGGAGUGGCCUAGGUGGUGUCCACACCCCUGGCUCUGACGGCUGGGUUUUAGAAUGGUUGGCCUUGGCAUACAGGGCACUGGGCAUGUGACCUCCAGCCCCAGUGACCCUGAGACCAGCAGGUUGUUGAGAUGUUGAGAUGUGGGGGGCGGUCUCCACUUUCCAGGGCUUCUUAAGGCACCAGGAAGGAGGUUCUGGGAUUUGAUGCCCCAACCCCAGAGAAGGUGACCUCCUGUCCCACCAGAGUAGGGGAUGUCACACAGGCUGAGGAUGUGAGGGUUUCUGUUUAGCCUCAAGCGUCAGUCCCUACUCCAUCCCCACCAGUCAGGAACUGGCUCCUGCACUUGUGGGCAUAACCACAUAACUUGCCUAAGUGCAGAGAAAAGCUUGCUUCAAGGCGCUGGAGAAAGAAAAGCAAACCAACUGCACCAAACCUUUACUCACCAGAACACCCAAGGGAUGGUAGUGUUCUCAGCUUAACUGGCAGCCAACCCCAUGCUGGCAAGUCCCUGCUGAAGCGUCUUUUGUGGAACUCUGAUGUUCAGAGCAUGGGCCUCGGCAUGUCUGACUGGGUGUCCUUCCCCAUCGCUGCAGACCGUGAUAGAAUUUAGCAGGUGCGGCGGGCACCCAGGCUGCCACUCUAAGUAGUGAGCAUCCAGCCCCUGGAAGUAUGCAAGUAGAACUGGAGACAUUGACCAAGGACAUAGCCAGAGGGAAUUCCUAGGUGGAAGGAUGAACUAAAUCCUCAAUAUGCAAAGUGUGGUUGGUGGACCAGCAGCAGUGACAUCACCUUGGAGUUAGUUAGAAAUGCAGAAUCUCAGGCCCAUGGAACUAAAUGAUCCUGGGAUCCCUAAUAUUUCAGAAUCUCUUAGAUAUUCUAAAAACCAGGCUAGAAACUAGCCUGAGACUUGUUCUGAUUGGCCAAUGGGGUGAUUUUUAUUUUGUUUGAGUUAACAUUUUAAAAUCAAGAGAUACCACAUUCAGCCCUAGCCGGUUUGG